AGUUGAAACCGGAAGUUAUUUUCCCAUGCACUAGCGUCGUUGACAUAGGUGAUGCUGAUGAGAAGUAGCUACGUUACAUAUCUUCCUAGCAUCAUUGCUGCCAGUCGAGAAUAAUUGCACACUGUAGUAUGCUAUAAAUCGACUCGUUUAGCUUUAAAACGUGUCGUCGAAAUAUUUAAGUUAGUACCCAAAGGAACAUUUUAACAUUUGCGUCAGGCGUUGGUCUGCUAUUAGCCAGUGGACGCUAUAACAGUGAAAGGCUAAUGACAUUAGGCUAACGUGCUAGCAGUGAGCGUGCACCCUAUCAAGCCUAUUUUCUCUGGUAAACUCAGUAACGUUAAGAAGCUGCAGUCAUGUUGGUGGCAUGCUGAGACUCAGUACAGGUAGUCAUGGUGGGAGACUUGUGAAAGAGGAAUCUGCAAGUAACUGACGUUAACGUUAGUUGAAAACAAGCUGCGUCUGGAGUGUGGAGAGAUGACCACGCCGCUCGGCAGGAACGGGUUAAUCGGGCUUGCUGUCGGAGCUACAGCUGGCUUGGGCUUGAUUGCCUUCAUAAUUUACAGGGAGGUCAGUAAAAGAAGAUCCCACAGACUGGUGCUGGGGACCCGUCCAGCUCCCCGGCUGUUUGACCGGGCGGAGGAAGCAUCACUGUUAAGGGAGACGCUGGAUGCUCAGGAGGCAGAGGCCCAGCAGGAGGCCCUGGCAGCAGUGGAGGCAGUGGUGCAGGGCCUGUCUCCAGAGCAGCAACUAGAGCUCAGGAACCAGCUGGAUCAGGUUCUAAACUGUGUGGCCUCACUGCGCUCAGAAGUGGCUGAGCUGAGGGGUGGUCUGCAGGACAUCGCCCUACAAAUCAUCCAGGAUGUCAAAAAAGGAGUGGAGGACAGUCAGCGGGUACGUCGCCGCCGUCACGUCAUCCACAGAGACCGCACUGACUCCGCCAGCUCCAGCUCCAUCUAUUUCACUGCCAGCCAGGGCAUGGCCAGUACAUAUGAAGAAACCAGCGAGGGAGGGUACUCCACAGCCUAUGCUGAGUCAGACUACACAGACCGUGACACAGACAGAGAGGAGGGUGAGCAGGAGCCUGAGCAGGAGUCUGAGGAAGAAGAAGACAGGAGCUGUGCCACAGUCCUCACCCUCCGCCAGGAAGACUCUCAGGAAGAGGAGGUGGAGGAGGAUGAGGAGGAAGAUGAUGAGGGGAGGCUGCAGCUGGUGACUGAGGUCCCCAGUGGGGAGCUGGCUCUCCUCCUGGCUCAGAGUGACAUCCUCCACACAGGAGAUGCCAGUUUAAAGGCAGAGGGCUUUCAACUACUGCUGGGCAACAGAGCAGAGUAUGGGGAGAGCAGGGAGUUUCUGUGGCGACUGGCUCGGGCUUAUAGUGAUAUGUACGAAUCCACUGAGGACAAACAGGAGAAAAAGACCUAUGCGCAACAAGGUCGCGAGGAGGCAGAACUGGCCCUGAAGAAGAACGGCCUUAAUGCCGAGUGUCACAAAUGGUUUGCUGUGCUGACAGGACUUACCUCCCAGCAUGAGAGCAUGCAUGGCAAACUGAAGAGCAGCCACAUACUGAAGGAGCAUCUGGACCGUGCUAUUGCCCUCAGAGAUGAUGACCCCAUGUGUUUCUACCUGCUUGGCAGAUGGUGCUAUGAGGUAGCCACUCUGGACUGGUUGGAGAAGAAGGCGGCCGCUGCCCUUUACCAGAGCCCCCCCUCUUCCACACUGCACGAUGCCCUUGAGAACUUCCUCAAGGCAGAAGAACUCAGUCCAGGUUUCUCCAAGACAGUGAGACUUUACAUCGCAAAGUGUCACAAGGAGCUGGGAAACAUCUCUGAGGCCACAAACUGGACUGAGCUGGCUCUGAAGAUGUCCACCAACAGUGAUGAUGAUGAAGAAACAUCUGAACUGGAGGCUCAGCUUCGGGUCUUAACUGACAGAAAAAUCUGACCACUUCAUUUCUAUUGAGGUCCAAGCAAAUGGAGCCACUCAGUUGAUAGCACUGAUCACAAAUUGGCAUCCUGACUAGCCAAUCAGAUGUGCUGUAAAAAGUGCACACUAAUUUUCUUUUCUCUUCAUUGGUGGAUAUCUUUGUUAUGCUGUCACUGUGAACUUUAUUGAUGUUUAUUUAUUUUCUGCAAACUUUAUAAUGGCUUAAUUGAGUGGAUAUCAGCAAGUAAUAUAGAUUGUGGUGUAUAUGGUUAUCUGUAAUGUUAAUUUCAACUAUUUGCCUUUUUAACUGAAAAUCAGUGAUUUAAAAACAUUUUAGUUUUAUUCUUCCAAACCAUCAGCUGAAUGCAACAGCAUCCGUUCACCCCAAUGACAAAAAAACAACAACCAAAAAAACAACAAAAUAAACAUAUUUUCACACUUUCCUUCAGUAAUAUAAAGUCAUGCAGAUGGUUUUGCUUUUAUGUGUCCAGAGACUAUAAAUGCAGUAGAGAAAAUGAUCUGGAAGCAGUGUUUGUUCAGGGAUGUUUUCAAAGCUUUAAGGGAAGGAGGAAUUUUGGGAAUUACUACAAUAAAUAAAUCUAAUGAACUUUUCUAUUAACAGAUUAAACGUUAGUGUUCUUAUUUAUAUUGUACACCCUUGACUCUAAUACUGACCAUUUGCUCUUUAUCAGAUGUGUUUUAUGGAGAUGAAUGACACUUUAUGUAGAUGCAGUGAUAGCACUGUAGUAUUUUGAUCAGAACACUUGUUAUAAAACUUGAUUGGCUUUUUCAGUUACGCUCUUUAUCACUUAAUGAACCACCAAUAGACAGUGUAGUGUAAAGCAACUGUACUGGACCUUGUGCAGUUUGAAUCUUAGCAGCAGUCAGUAAACUGAGCCUGUAUGAAGCCUUCUGCUUGGCUGUGGCUGUGAAAAGUAUCCUAAUAUUUUUGAAUCCCAAUUUUCCUUUGAGUGUUUUUACAUUUCUAUUAUUUCCUGAAAUGAAAGUGAAGCUGCAAUAUUAGAUCAGGUUAUAAGUUUGUGAUCUAACGUCACUUAAAUGGCACUUUGCAUUUUCUAUUUUCUUAUAUUUACUCUGUUGAAGUUAUGUUUGCACUCACUGCUUUCAGGUAACAGUGGAUGUCAUGAUAAAUGAGUAUGUAAUUUCCACAAUAUUCUGACCCUCAAUGAAAAGAUAACAUGCACUUAGCUAACACAUUGAUUACAUUUAAUAAAAUUCUUUUUUUUGCA